AAUAUUAAUUAUUAAAAUGUAUGCUCAUAUUGUGCUUGUGCGUACUGCGUAGCAUUAGCAUUAGCUGGUGGCUAUUGGUUAGGCUACUAUAGUGAAUUGCAGUUGUUUCAUAGUAUUCCAAGUAGAUAAAUAUUAUUAUAGAUUAUUGUUGUAGUUCAUUUUUGCGGCGUUCUGUCGCUGUCGACUGUUAAGCGGUCGUCACCCGUCACUCUCGUCAGACGACGUCAGUACUCAGUAGUGUCAUUCAAUAUAAUGCGUGCAUGACGCGUGUGUCAUUCAUUACUCAUAAAUAAGUGGAAACGACAUGUGUCUCUUUUAGAAAAUAAAAAUUGUCCGCGUUAUUCAAUUUUUUUUCGCAUCCCCUCCCUGUGACCUUGUGUGGCGCGUAUUGUAUCGUGUGUAGACUGUCGAAGUGUCGACGGUUAUUCAUUCCGUUGUAAAUAAUUCCUGACAAAGACGUUUGUUUGACUGACGUAAAAAAAAUAAAUAUAAAUAAUAAACACAAAAUUCUUCCCAUCGUAUUUUUGCCGAUUCGGGUAAUACUGUUAUGAUUACUUAGUACUGACUUUUCUUUGUGCCUUGAAUGUGUUGAACUGUUGAGCGUUCAGUCGCGCGUGUGCUCUGUUGAGAGUCAAUGUAUUAAUUUGACUGUUUAGUUGUCCAGAAAAUACUGUACACGCUCUACGCUUCAAACGUAGUCAUGGAUUUCAAAUAUCUGUUGAUAAGCGUGGUGCUAUCGAUUACAGCCAGCAAUGUAAAUUGCAAUUUGUCCUUUGAUGAUAUUGAUGAUGUCUUUGAGUUGACCACCAAAGUGUUUCAUUUCAUCAGCCAAUCAUGGGAUGUUGCUGAUAAAAUGGAAGAGCAUUUAGGUGAUGAAAAUACUCCAAUUGUGUGGUACACAAAGAAAAAAGAACGAAAGAUUUUAUCCUACUUUGGACAAAUCACUCAUCUUAUGCAAAUCACCCAAAAGGAAACAAAUGAAUUAAGGACUAUGAUGUUGGUUAGUCUUAAAAAGCUGCAAUCCUUGCCUGAUGCUGUUUUGAACGGCAUGCAAAUUAAUGAACUCUUGGAGUCUGUCAGAUCAAUUGAAAAUGAUUUUAUGACUAUGGAAGAGUAUAAGUAUGAAGAAAAUGGUAAGAAUGAAAAAAAUGUAAAUCCUACGUAUACAUCUUAUACAUUAGAGAAAUUUGCUGAUGCAAUGUUGACAUACUCUGCGGGAUCUCCUCAUAAACAGUUGGCUAAAAUUCAUUCUUUCAUUGUUCCGGAAUGGGAAGAAUUUCAAUUUCAUACACAUGGCGGUAUUUUCAAUAUCUUACAACACACUUUUAAAAAUAGUGAUCUACUUUGUGAUCAAAAACAAUCAUUGCAACAAUUGAUUUUUAAUUUGUACACAACAUUGCAUCUCACUCAAUUAAAAGGAUAUUCUGUUAUGCAAUAUUCAUGGAUGUUACUGCAAACAUAUGGAAAAGGGAAUUUUACGUUUGAAAGUAAAAAACAAUUGGAACAAUUUGACAAAAGAAUCAUUGAACAACUCAAUGCUUUAAAAAGUUCAAUAAUUUCUUCAAGUAAUAUCUACUGGAAAUGUGAUCCAGCAAAACAUGUUAAAGAUGUAACUUAUUUAGAAGUUACACAGUUAUUACAAGGUUAUAUAGAAAAUGAAGCUGAUAUGAACGUUGAGCAGAGCUGCAUGAAAGACUGUGGAUACUAUGAAAUUGCAGAACAUAAAUCAUGUUUUAAAGAUCAAUUUUGUGCUAAACAACGUGUUUGUAAUGGACGUAUAUUAAAUUGUCAGUAUUUGGAUUCUGAUAUGAGAAUUUGUCAAUCUAAAUAUGGAAGCAAUAGACGUUAUGAUUAUAUCGCGUAUGAAAGAGGUAAAAUUUUGGGUGAUUCAUCAGUUGAAUGCAAAGGUACAACAAGUAUGGUGGAUAGCUGGUGGAAUUAUUUGAUUUGGCAUUGUUCUUACUGUUUUUGCAUUUGCGAUUCAAAUGAUUCUUCUUCUGAUAAAUAUUUCAGUUUAAAACCUUCUAUUUCUGAUAUUAAAAAAAAUAAAGUUAUAACAGGUAUAAAGUUUGUUAAAGUUAAACAAAUGUUCCAUUUACAAGCACAAGAAGGUGAACUUGGCCCUCGAGGAAAAAUAUAUGAAUCUUCCAGACAAUGGAUUCAACUACCAGGUUUUGAGUUUUCUCCUAGGAAUAAAACAUUAAAAGAUGGUGUUGACUAUCAUACAUUAACAUAUGAAGCCCGCGCUAUUGAUAUUGAUAAUGUAAUAGCUCCUGAAAAUACAGUUGUGACAGGAGUAAAAUUUAGAAAGAUUGGAUCUCACCUUAAUAUUGAAGUUCGUGUUACACUUUUUGAUUUUAUGACUGGUAAACUUAUUGAACCCGAGUUGAAAAGUUAUUGGAUUGGAAAUGAAAACACUGAAUUGUCCGCAAACCCAAGAACCCAUAUUGACAUAAAUAAUUCAGAUUUGCCAACCAAAUCAAUUUCUCCAUCUGAACCAGAUAUGUCGUCAAACAAAUACCUUAUGUUUACACAUUCAUCUAUUGACCGCGAUGUUGCUCAAACAACAUUACCUUUUAUUGACAUGCAGACAGUAGAACCAUAUCCAGGUAUACCAUUUUCUGGACUGGGAAUUUACUUUAAAGGGACAAAAGGUUAUGGUGGAUUUAUUGGCGCUAGUGUUUCUACAUAUGAUUAUAGUAAUAACAUAAAUUCCAAGUUGUUCUCAAAGCAUAUAUUAUAAAAGUAUUAAUUAUUUUAAUCUUUUUUUCUGUAAUGUUAAGUAUCAAAACAACCUUUAAUUUAAUCUAAAUUUGUUUAAUAAUAAAAUGCAUUAUAAUACCUAUAAAAUAUGUGCCAAUAAAAAAUAGUA